CGUAAUGAGGGGCUUUGUAAUUCUUCUGGUCUGUCUGGCCGCUGGUUCUGCCUUCGCCGGAACCAUUGGCGUAUCCAAUGCUGAUCCCUUCGCCCGCGAAGGUCGAAUUGUGGGCGGCGAGGACACCACCAUUCGGGCCCAUCCCUACCAGGUUUCUCUGCAGAAAAAGAACUCAAAUCAUUUCUGCGGCGGUAGCAUCAUUGACGCCUACACCAUUGUGACCGCUGCCCAUUGUCUGGUGGGCGUGAAGGCCGAGAAGAUCUUUGUGCGCCUGGGCUCCACUCUCUACAACGAAGGCGGCCGAUUGGUGGCUGUUCGGGCCUUGGCCUACAGCGAGAACUACAACUCCAAGACCAUGGAGAACGAUGUCGGCAUUCUAAAGCUGGCCGAGAAGGUCGAGGAGACCGACGACAUCCGCUACAUUGCAUUGGCUGAGAAGACCCCAGAAACGGGAACCCCCGCUGUGGUCACCGGCUGGGGAUCCAAGUGCUACUUCUGGUGCAUGUCGCUGCCAAAAACCUUACAGGAAGUCCUUGUCAACAUUGUGGACUGGAAGGUGUGUGGAUCGGACACCUACAAAUACGGUGAAAUCAUAUACGACACCAUGGUCUGUGCCUACGAGAAGAAGAAGGACGCCUGCCAGGGUGACUCCGGUGGUCCUUUGGUGGCGGAGAACCUUUUGGUGGGCAUUGUGUCCUGGGGCUAUGCCUGCGCUUCAAAUCUUCUGCCUGGAGUCUACACCGAUGUGCCUUCUGUGCGCUCAUGGAUUAAUUCUAAGAGCGAAACAUUGUGAAGGGUUCAAUAAACUUUUAAUCAAAGCAUA